CGGGACGCAAUGGAACGUGGUGCUGGCCGGGUGAGGGGGGAGGAAAAAAAAACCACCCCGCUAGGAUUCGGUGACAUAAAAGCGGCGGCGCGAGCGGGAGCGCGGGCCAGAAGCGGCGGAGGAUGCAGCAGAGGGCAGGCAGCGGUAGCCGGACAGCCGCCACCGAGCACGCCCUCCCCCUCGUUCACUGAUCUCCCCACCCAGCUUCCCACUCUUAUGGUGAGGCUCGGUGUCCUCACUCCGGAAUCCAGAGCAGCAGUUACUGCGGUAGCAACGAGAUGAAGAUGAAAGCCGAUAAGAGGUCGCCUUCCGGCGGCGGCGGUAGCGGUAGCGGCAGUGGCGGUGCUGCUGGAGGCGGCGGGGCCUCGACCCAGGGGCCGGCCCCCUUCAUCCAGGCUCUGGCCGCCGCCAACAGCCAGUAUCAGGCGUACGAGACGUACCUGGAGAAUGGCAUGAUCUGCCUCAAGCAUAAGAUCCGGAAUAUUGAGAAAAGGAAGGCAAAACUGGAUGACUAUAAGGAACGCCUAAAAAGUGAAGAACUGAAUCAAGAUCAAUUGGAUGCUGUGGCCAAAUAUGAGGAAGUAAUUCAUAAUCUGGAGUUUGCGAAGGAGCUGCAGAAAACCUUUGUUGCACUCAACCAAGAGCUGCUAAAAGCACAAAAGAAAACUUUACGACGUGAGCAACUGCUGAGGACAGAAAUGGAGAAGAGACGCCUUCGUACAGUAUUGCAUGUUAAAUAUGUACUGGAGAACUUCAAGCAGGAGCAUGUUCAAAAUGACUUCAGAGAUGGCAUUAAUGGUGCAUUUAUUAUUUCUCGAAAGGAAAUCAGCCUCCUCAGGGACUUCUGUAAACUUGUUUGCCCUGAAAGGAAUGAAAGAAUGUCUCUUGAAGAUCAGAUUGAAUUGGUGUCAAAUCAAAUGUGGGACCUGUUAGAAGGAACUGAUAAAAUAGUGGCUGGUAGCACCUAUAAACACUUAAAGGAAACAAUAAGCAGACUACUGAACUGUGCUUACUUUGAUAGUAUUCCAGUCCCUCACAAUGGGUUGCUGGAUGAUGUUGAAGAUGAUAAAAUUAAAGAAGUACAAGUAACUUCUAAAGCCUUGUCUGGAAAGGAUUCUGAAUCCGAUCUACAUUUUUUGUGCUCGAGUGACAUGCAGCCAAGAGAGUUUUUGAAUAGACAAUACCUGAACAAAACUGACUGUGCUGUAAAACAGCCUGAAAAACCGAGGAACUGGGAAAAUGAGUAUGUUAGCAGGAAGCAAGAAGAUGUUCCCAGUAAAUGGGAUACUGAUUACAUCAGUAGAAAACAUGAGGAAUCGCCCCCUGCAAAGUGGGAUGAUGAGUAUGUUGAUAAACAGGAGUCGUCCCUUAAGAAAAGAGAUGUUGAAUAUAUCAACAACAGAAAGUUAGAGGAGCAGCCCAAAAAGUGGGAUGAACAGUAUGCUGAAGUCCAGGAGACAAAAAGAUGGGAAUCACCAUCUGUUCAGAGAGAAUCUGCUGAACCAAAGAGAAUUCUGCCUGAACCCAAAGAGGUGUCGAAGGUAGUGCAACAGGCUGCUGCAGAGUUCUGCUCAACCUCAUCACUGCCAAAGGAUCCAGAACUCAGGAGGCAGAAGCUUCAAGACCUCAUGUCCCAGAUACAAGGGACAUGUCACUUCAUUCAGGAUUCUAUGUUGGAUUCUGACUCUUCCUCACCAAGUGCUAUUGGAUCACAGAAGGCAACAAUAUCACUCAGUGCUGCAGUUCCAAAGCAACAAAAGAAUGAAACCAUUCCAUCCCCACCAAAGCCUGCUUCAGAAUUGACUGUUCAUUCCAGUGUCGGGGGUAGUUCAGGUUCUGAUGACCAGUCGUCGCUAUCCGGUUCCACAAAUGAUCUUUCAGGGCAAACGCCACAGAAUUCAGCUGCACGCAAUUCAGAAAGUGAAGCGUACAUUCCUCCAUCGCAGAUAUACCAAACAAGUACACCAGUUACUGAGUCGCUGACACAAAAGUCCUUGGAGACAAGUCAGGUGACUACUCUGCCCAACAACCAGACGACUGUGUAUGAUGCAAUAAUGGUAACACCUCAAGGACUGGGACGCCAGACUCCAGUAAGCAAUUCUCCAGUUAGCAUGAAGACCACACCUUUUCAGGCUAUGCAGACUGUGUUCAAUGUGAAUGCUCCUCUUCCUCCAAGAAGUGAACAGGAAGUGAAAUCUGAUGCUCCAUAUUCACCUGCCUUUAAUCAAAGUUUGAUUACAGCAAGUACUCAGACUCCACCUCAGCCUGUGUCUGUCCAAUCUUCACAUGCUGUGGAGCAAAACGCUCUGACACAAGAUUCUUUAACAGAAGAACCUACUUCAGUUGCCAAUGGGACCCCGGUUUUUCUACCCCACAGUCAGCCAAGUAAUCCUUUACCGAGACCGAACCAACCCUACUUUGGAAGCAGAGGUGCUGUCAGGGGAGCUGCACGAAGUGGCAGAGGAAUUGCUAAUGCCUACCGUGGUUCUAGUAAUGGAUAUAAAGGUGUACAAAUAGGAUUUGAUGGCUACAGAGGAAUUCCCAUACCUGGUAAUGGAACGUAUGGACCUUUCCCAAGUAGGGAGUACCCUGGGAUGCCGUACACUCCAAGGGAAUCUGGUUACCAACAGAACUACAAACGUGGCACAGGAGUUGGGCCUCGUGGGACAAUGAGAGCAGGCCAUGGCAUCUUACCACAAAUGAGGCAGACGCAUGACUAAAUUAUCACCACAAUCAAGUUUGCACAAUUUUGCAGUUUACAAUACAUACUUCUCACAGUCUUGAUAAAAUAUACAAACAAAAAGCAUCUUGGUGGUGUGUGUAACACCGACACGUUCUCUCAUCUCGCAGUCUGUAUACAGACAUGUCCUUGUGCUGGUUCUCAUUACAUGUCAGACUUCAGGGAAAUUGAAUUUCAUCUGCUGAGCCAGUUUGGGAGCCUGAAAGAAAGCAGUGUCUUAAGGGUGCAUGGAACAUCAUGCCAGCGGUACAACAAUUGCUAAAUUGCUCAAGAUAUUUAUUGUGGAAAUGUUUUUGUGUCUGAAUUGUAAAGACAACUACACUGCUGAUUGCCUUGCUUACAUUCAAACACUUAAAGUAUUUUUACUUGAGCUAUGAAAUGAGAAGAUCAAUUAAAUUAUUAAUUAUAAGGUAGCUCGUAUGGUCCUCAUUUCCCUCGGGGAAUGCAUUCUAUGCUGUCAUCUGUUUAAUCUGCAUUGAACGUGAGUUGUGUCAAUUUGCAAUAUGUAGGGAUGCAGUUUUCCUCAUCUAUUGAGACAUUUCAGAUUUUACAUGAAAUGGUAUAUCGCCGUUUUCUGGAUGUACAUUGAUUAUGUUUAUAGCCAUGAAAUGUAUGUUUAGAACAAGAUAAUAAAAUAUUCUCGCAAAAAUUAGGGUCCUGUAGCAAAAAUAAAGUGAACCCACCACGCCGCGCCCGAUUAUUCACCUUGCCUCUGUCUUUUGAAAUUUGAACUGCCUUUCACAAUCUAGAAUGAAAUGUCAUUUCAUACCUGUGUAAGUUUCAUCGGACCACUUUGGAGUAUUCUUUUCCUUCUAAAAUUAAAUCAUGGACUUAGAAAGUGGGAAUUUUCGAUUUCUCAUUCCUCAGUAUAUAAUUUCCAUUCUGCCGUGGUGUAAAUUAAGAUCCCUUUACACCGGUUGGAAAUCCAUUAAGCAGCCAAAAUAGAAAAGCAUUACCUGCUUUUGGAACUCUCUUUAGACAGAAAGAUAAUUCAGUCCUUGAAAUCUGCUCUGCUCUGCCAUUGAAAGAGAUUAUGACAGAUCUUUACUUCUACUCCAUUUACUCCCCAUUCCACCAUACAAUUUGGAGAAUGAUCUCAAUGAAGUUGACUUUUAAUUUCAUACACGUAGCUUUUCUCGUGCUGAAGAUGGGCUCCGACCCAAAAUGUUGACUUUCCUGCUCCUCGGAUGCUGUCUGACCUGCUGUGCUUUUCCAGCUCCACAUUUUUUGACUCUGGCUUCUCGCAUCUACAGCCCUUUCUGUCUUCUAGUUGUUGUUUCUUCCUCUGUUGGCUUCAGGACCAUUGUAUAAUGCUUCAAGUAGGAUGAAUGUGCACUGUGCUCUAAACUGGUUUGCCAAUUUUCUUUUUGUUCAAAAACCUGGAAAGGUUCAGCAAGUCAGACAGCAUCUGUCAAGAGAAACACAAGUUAUUGCAUCAGGUCAAUGCCCUUCCACCACCUGCAAAGCCCAUGUCAGGAGUGUGAUGGAAUGCUCUCCAAUUACCUGGAAUGAGUGCAUUUCCAACAUCGCUCAGAGCUCAACAUGAUGAACAACAAGCAGCCCAUUAGAAUGGCAUCUCCCUCUGUCACCUUAAACAUCCACUCCUUUCCAAUGAUGCACAGUGGCAGCAGUGUCUACCACCUACAAAAUGCCCUGCAAGAACUUACCCAGCUGCCUUCAACAGUACCUUCCAAUACCUUGAUCUCUACCACAUACAAGAGCCCAGGAGCAAAUGCACAGGAACACCAUCACCUCCAAGUUAAUCUCCCAAGUCAUAAACUAUCCUGACUUGGAAAUAUAUUCCUUUAUUGUCAUCAUGGAACUUACAAUAAUUAUCUCAUCGCAAUGAUCAGGAGCUCCUUUGCCUUGUAGACUACAACAGUUCAAGAAUAAAGCUUACGAGCACUUUUCAAGAUCAGUUAGGGAUGAAUAAGUAAAUGCCAGCCUUGCCUAUAUAUUCCUUGAAUAAAAAAGGAGCAAUGACCAUCGAUGGAAUCCAAAGCAUUUUCAGAGGUC